AUGGAUCUUGACAUGGACGACUACAUAGACCCCUACGAGGAGGCCGAGGCUGCCGCGGGCGAGGACGACUCCGACGACCCCGACGAGGACGACUCGGAUGCGGAGAGCGACUACGAGGAGAAGUCGUUCGGCCUCCUCAAGUCCGGCAAGCACCGGGUGCGCAACCCGGACGGCACCUUCCGCUGCCCCUUCUGCCCCGGCAAGAAGAAGCAGGGGUACAAGAUCAAGGACCUCCUCCAGCACGCCGACGGCAUCGGCGUCUCCAGCAAGCACCGCCGCCACGGCCGCGAGCGCGCGAACCACCGCGCCUUCGCGCGCUUUGUCCGCACCGAUCCGGACUUCGCGGAAGACCUCGUCGGUAUCACUGGCAUUCAAGGUGCCAUUACAACCACCCCUGCUGAUAAGAAUGGCAGUGCCAAUGGCGACGGGAAGGCCAAGGCUAAUGGAGAUACUGUUGGAUCCAGUUCGGUGGCGGCGAAAGUGGGUCCGCCACAGGAGGUUGAGAGGUUUGCUUGGCCGUGGGCUUGUGUUCUUGCAGCCGGGGCAGGGUUCAAUCCUGAGCAGUUUGCUGAUAGAGUAGCCAUGUUUAGUUUGGUUGAGGUUGUGCCUUUGUUUGUCGAUGAGAUGGAGGUCACAGAAACCUUUGCAAUCGUGAGGUUUACCAAUGAUUGGAGUGGAUUUAAUGACGCGCUUACGCUGGAGAACCAUUUCGGCGUCAAUAAGCUAGGGAAGAAGGAAUUUGAGAUGAGAGAUAGUGGUCUAGGUUCUAUGGAGGGAGAUGGCGGCGAAGGUGAAGUCAAGGUUUAUGGGUGGGUUGCCCGAGCCGAGGACUAUGAUGCAACGAGUGUGUUAGGAAGAUUUUUGAGAAAGCACACCGUCCUGAAAACAAUAGAUGAGGUUUCCAAGACUGAAUUAGAGAAAUCAGGGGAGAUGGUGGCAAUACUGGCAUCCCAGAUCGAGGAAAAGAACCGGUACUUGCAGGAUUUGGAGACAAAGAAGAAUGCAACAGAACUCUCAAUCUCAAGGCUUGAGGAGGACAACAGGAAACUGCAUGAGGCAUACAAUGAAGAAAUGCGCAAUCUUCAUCGCAGGGCUCGUGAAAAUGCUCUGCGGAUUUUCCAAGAGAAUGAAAACUUGAGGAUUGACUUAGAAAAUAAGAGGAGAGAACUGAACCUGCGAGCUAAGGAUCUUGAAAAAAUGUCAGCUGAGAAUGCUAAUGACAGGAAGACACUCGAUGAUGAGAAGCAGAAGGCAAAAUAUGAUAAUAGUGAACUUGAGCUAGCUAGCAUAGAGCAGCAGAGGGCUGAUGCAGAUGUUCUGAAGCUAUUGGCCGACCAGGAGAGGGAAAAGGAAGAUGUACUUGCUAGAAUGCUUCAGCUAGAAAAGGAGCUGCAUGAGAAGCAGCAGCUUGAGCUCGAAGUAGAACGGUUGAAUGGUACACUCCAAGUUAUGAAACAUUUAGAGGGAGAUGAUGACGGGGGAGAUAUCCAUGAGAAGAUGGAGAAGCUGAGUGUAAGAUUUGAGCGUGAAAAGAAGCGCCUGGAGGAUUUGAGUGGGGAUCUCGUGAGAAAAGAGCGUGAAAGUAAUGAUGAGCUACAAGAAGCCCGAAAAGAACUGAUAAAGGGUUUGGAGGAAGAGCUAAAUGGGCGGACAGCUAUUGGGAUCAAAAGAAUGGGGGAACUCGAUGAAAAGCCUUUCCUAAAUGCAUGUAAGAGAAAAUAUGGAAACAAUGAAUACCAGGUCAAAGCAGCAGAGCUAGUCUCAAAUUGGCAGGAUGAACUAAAGAAGCCAUCCUGGCAUCCUUUUAAGAUGGUUGAGGUUAAUGGAGAAAAUAAGGAAGUUCUGGAUGACGAUGAUACAAAACUGAAGUUCCUGUGGAUCGAGUUCGGUGAUGAUGUGUGCAAUGCGGUGAAGACCGCACUGAUGGAGAUAAACGAGUAUAACCCAAGCGGGAGGUAUGUUGUGCCCGAGCUCUGGAACUUCAGGAAAGGCCGGAAGGCGACGAUGAAGGAGGUGCUCAAGUACCUGUUCAGUCAGAUUGACACGACGACCAAGCGCAGGAGGGGCUGA